AUGGAGCAAUCACCCACGCCAAUCACCGGUUUGUGCAUCGUCGCCGAUAAGACUAAACCACCAAGGGGAUUCUCACCUAUAUCCAAAACAAAUGACGAUUUGUCAGAUGCCGAUUUGUGGCGUAAACUUUUGCAAUUGGAUGCAAUUUUAGAUAGGCUUAUCUUCUCUCGUCCCGCUCGAUAUUUGUGCUUCAGUCGGGACACACCAAAUACAGGAAUCAAGGCUCCGAUUUCGGUGGUGACGGAUAUUACAAUUGUGAAAGAGUCCGAGCCAAUUCCACAUGGAUUCGUUGCCAUCGAUUACACAGCGGAUUCAAGAGAGCGAGCCCUUCGUAAAAAGUUUCUUUGUGUGAAGAGCGAGCCACGGGAUGCGGUUGUUGAUGCUAUUGGAGAGAUUGUUCUGCUCAACAAGCCAAAGAAGACACCGAGAGGUUACACUUCUGCAGGUAAAAUCCAGGGGAUUAUGGUGUGUUUUCGAGUGAUUGUCAUUCCACCAAAUUUUGGUAUUCAUCACAGCAAUUCAGAAAGAAACAUCUCAAUAACAGGACAACAACCAACCGGUCUUUAUCCAGGUCUUGAAGUCGGUGGCGGAGGUCCAUCACAAUCAACUCCAGAUUUAUCAAAUGUUGAUCAUCUCCGAUCCGCGGUAAAUGAUUUCACAAUUAAGCCAAUGAAUACUGGACCAAAGCCAUUGGACGGUGUCGAAUUCAAAUUGAAUCCAAUUUACGAACAAAGUUCUGGGAAUAAACAGAAAGAUGUCCUUCCAGCAUUUCCACAAAUCGAUUUGUCAAGAUUAGAUUCAGAUGAGAUGGAUUAUCGAUAUCAAUUGGAGCACUCAACUUUACAAUAUUGCAGCUUACUGCAGCGUAAAGGUUUUGUCGAUUUCUCACGGGUGCUU